UCAUCUUGCUGUACAAAAUAAUGAAAGGAUUCAAAGAAUGAUUGUGGCAUUUGAAAACCUUCAGAGGCAAGCUGAAGCUGAAAGAAAUGAGAUGCUAAAAUCAAAAGAAGGAAUGCAACAAUUUGAAGAAGCUAGACAGGAGUUUCAGAAAGAGCUUAUGAAAAAGCAAGAAGAGGUAUUAAAGCUUUCAGAGAUGAUUAAUGAUAAAGACAGUCAACUUCAACAAAUUUGGCAAAAGUUUCAAGAAUCAACACAGAGCUGUGAUCAGCUAGAAGAAACUGCAAAGAAACAGUACGAAGACCUUCAAGAAUCAAAAAAACAGCAGGAAUUGCUUUUGGAGCAAUUGGAAAAGGCUGAACGGUUAUGCAAAGAAACUGAGUUAUGUAGGAAAGAGCUUGAAACUGCUUUAGAAGAUAAACGUGAACUUGCUCAGAUACUUCUGGAGAAAGAAACCAGUUUAAAAGAACUUAAUAAAAUAAAGGAUCAACAGGCAGCUGUAAUUGAUGAGCUUCAGGAUAAAUCUCAGGAAAUAAAAGCAUCACUUGCUUUGGAGCAGCAAAGGACAAGAGAGCUUGAAGAUAUUUUAAAUGCAGUUUCUGAGGAACUAAAGAAGAAGGCAUGUGAAUUAGGAACAAUAGGAGAUGAAAAGAGCGAGAAGGAAAGACAAAUUAAAAUUCUCAAAGAUGAUUUGGAUGUUAUUACUAAGUCCCUGGAACUGUUAGAAGAGAAGUUCAAAACAGAGGAGUCAAAGUCAGGACAACUUGUUGCUGAACUUGAAGUUAAAAACACUGAAAUUUGUAAGUUAAGGAAUAUAGGUCAGAUUAAUUCUGUAGAAAAAAAAUACAUGGAAGAGACUCUACAAGAAUUACAGAAAGACCAGAAAAAAUGGAAGGACACUGUGCAAGACAGAGAAAGAAAAAUAUGUGAAAUUGAAGAACAGUUAUCUGCAGCUCUUGGGAAAGUGGUGGUACCACAGGAGGAAAUGGAAGAUUUAAAGAAAGACUUAAAACAACAACAGGAAAAAUAUCAAGAGUUAAUGUCAAAUUUUAACAAACUACAAACAGAAAAGGAGGAUGCUAUCCAUCAGAUGAAGAGUGAAGCUGUUAAUGUUAAAAACCUUGAAGAGUACCUGAAGGUUUGCAUGUCAAAAUAUUGA